CGACCUGCCCAGAAUGCCCAUACAUACUAAGACCUUAUUUACACAGCGAAGAAAGGCCGAGUGGAAGGGGGCAGUCAGCUGGUUUCUCGUUCUCGUCUCUUAUCUAAACUUGAACCCGUAGUGAAAGAUCCAUUUCUUUUGCGCUUGAUCUCGUUCUUUCUUGAGCUUCCUAUCAUAGGCACGCCAGGAAAGGAUUGGUCGGAAAAAAGAGGGCGUCCACCGGUAAAUUUCAUAACGCCCGUCUUAUUCCAUUUUUUUUUGGGCGAGUUGGAUGGGGCUUUUGAGACCAGCUUUCCACACUUCCCUUACGCUAGGUAUGAUUCGGAAGUCUAUAUUCCUAUAAUUAAAAGAAUUUCGUUUCGAAGGGCCGAAGGCGGCUUUGCUCAUGAGUUAAGGAAUCUUUUGUUCCAAAAUUGUUGGAUUUAGUGGCGGAGUUGGGUCUAACGUGUACCGUAAUAGGCGUAGAACCUGGUGGUCCCACAAUUGACUGCCCCGGGGGUAUGCUUUUCCUAACAAAGGAGGGUUAGAUUCAGGUGAUUGAAGAUGAGAAUCGUUAUUAAACAUCUAUUUUCUUUGUUUUUGGUAAUUAAGGGGUCACGCGUGACUCGUUUUUGCAGAGAAAGAAGACUGGAGGGGCUCCCGGUCGAUAUGUAGGUUUCAAGGGCUGGAACUGAGGUAAUGGGAGUUUGUGGAGUUGGGCGGGAAACUCCCCAGGGCCCUUUUUUAUAAGAGUAAGGGAAUAGUUCAACCAUGAGCUGCGGCGCUUAAACUUAAAGAAGUGUACUUACUUUUCAUCGCGCCGAAUGAAAAAGAAAUCUUCCCACUUUGCUGCAAGGAAAAACCUUGUAACCCCCUUUUUCGAUCAGAAGGCAACUACUUCCUCCUAUCUGAUCUCCCAUUGUUGAAGUUGUACCGCCCAAGCUGCUUUGAUCUAAGUAAGGAUACGAAAGCGUUGGCGGUGCAGCUUUUCAAAUAAAUCCUAAUAUGCGAAACACAUGAUUGUAAUAGAGAGCUUCUUAAGGUCAAUGAAAGCGAAACCUCAUUCUAGUGACCAAAGGCCCGAUCGUCUUGUUAUUUCUUCUAUUUUGGUAGAUACUUUGGUAAAUGGAAAGACCCAAAAAUGUUACCCGCCUCAGGGAAUUCAAUUUCCUCAGCCUCGGGUCCCAAGGACUUUGUUCGAACAGCAGGCGGAAUUGGAGGAGCAUCUUAUGAAGAACCCGCUUACUCGGGGCAAGGGCGUCAAAUCCAUCAAGAUCGUCAAAGCUCUACUUGGCGUUUCAGACAUCGUUGCUCAUCUACGGCCCUCUCGACCCCGCUUCUUGUGCUCACCUGACAGAAGUUUUCCCUCAUGGGGUUUGGGUCAUCUUCUCUCCGAACGAUAUCCUAGAUGGAAUAUUAAAUAUCGUUUUUCGGGCUUGCGGUUGUCUGAAAAUAUUAAAAAAAAAGGUUUGCUCCCAUUGUCCGAGAUUCUGGCAAUACUCUUAUCCUGCCUAUGUGUUGGCUGUUAUGUUUUUUUGGGUUCGCUUAUCUACCCUAAUGAAGUUUCGCUUUCGGAUUUGCUUAAUAAAGCAAUAGGUGUUCUUACCCGAGCCAUAGAUACUCUUUCGGGUAGUCAGUUGGUUGAUGGAUCUCUAAACACUGCUACUGAUGGUCAUGCCCGUGAUCCUGUAAUUUAUCGUCAAAUUGCAGAGCCCUCCGCAGUACGGGAUUCCUUCAUACAAAUCCGCUCAGGGUGCGGCCCUCUUAAAUAAAUUGGUAUAGUCAUUCUUGCCUUUUCUCUAACUUGUAGUGCUUCCGGAGUUGAUUUUUCAUUAGUUCAGUUUGAGUUUGAAUCUAUAGGAACUCAUAGAGAUAAAGAACCUAACAGAAGCAUCUUUCAUAAAGAAAGGUUGAGGGUAGAUAGGCGGAUUUCCUAUAGAAAGAACUCAAACUGAACUAACCAAGAUUGAGGUAGACUCCGUGCUGCGAAACGGAUUCCGCGAGCGCGAGACUUAUUAUUAUAGAAGCAACGAAAACGGCCAGUGCUUUUAUUUUAGCAUUCUCACUAGUUUUUUUUAUUUCCAGCGGGUCGAAAGCACUUUCCUAAAAUAUUUUCCUGGACACGUUGUUUAAAGGUUCCCCGCAUUCGCACGGGCUGCUGACAUGAUGAUAGCUACAAAGUCUGUCUAAAAAGGUGUCUUUGACGACUUGAAAGGUGCUCUCAGUGUACCGCCAUACGCACCCAGACAUUAGACCAAUUGUGUCUGGCCCAACAGUUUCCAGAAUGCCGUUGUCAUGAUGUUGAUCCGGCUUCUGCGACUACGGCAUCCGCCUAGCUCCGAAUACGCGCAUUGGAGCUCUUCGCUCGAUGUCCCGGGUCGCUAUGUUGUAAACCGCUGUUUCGUCGGGCGGUGGCUUAUUUAUUUCUAACACCCCCUUACUAGAUCAAACAAAUAAAGCUCCAUUGAAUGAAUCAACUUCUCCCUCCCUGGUCAAUGUUUCGGGGAAAAGCCUAUCUCAGUGAUGUUCAAAAACGGGAAAAAGCGUAAUUAGAAAACUCGCGUUAGCUCGUUUUGAACCACCUUCUACUUUUGAACCAGUUCUCGACCGCCCGAAUUUGUCCAGCUGACCAGCAUGGAGCUUUUCGGGAAAGAGAGAAGAAAGGGGAUCGAUUAUAGAAGGGGAUCCCCUAGCUUAGAAUUGAUUCCUCUCCUUUGACUUUUGACAUAGGUACUCCCACUUCAGGUGGACGAGCAACCUUAAGCACAGAAUCGGACGUUGGUGCUAUCGUAUAGAAGAGAAGGGCUGCAUUGGAUGAACUCCAGCUCUCGGCGACCGACAAAAAGCCUUUUGCACCUAGCAAGGAAAGAAAGUCGCAGAAGGGGCGUAGCGGGCAAUUCAAUUGAAGAAGAAAGAGAUAUUUUCUGAUAAAGAAAAGGAGCUCUUGUCGGCAUAGGCUGGUAGUCUGUGUCCUUCUCAGCGAGAUUGAGUAGGAUUCCCUGUCUUUCCUUUCUUUCACGAAUUAUGUGUUAUAUAGAAAUAGGAAGAAAAGGCGUAGCUCUCUUUCUGCUGUUAGCAGGAUUCGUUACUAUAUUCAGCUGUUUCAGAAUUUCUACUAUAAGAGAAGAGUGAAGACCGGGAAAUCCCUUUUUUUAUAGAGAAGGAAAGUUCCCUAUCUCCGAAUACCGGGCACUAAGACGAGUACUGAGAUCUGUCUUUCGGCAAUAAGGAAUAGUGAUCGCGCUCUUGGUGCCUUAAAAGGACAUUAGGAAAAGGCCUAACCGCUGCAAUUGAUAGAGUGGGAGUAGGAGCUAGUUUUGGUAUUUCCCACGGAGGGCGGAUACUCGACUAUAAGAGAGGAGCUCAUACGAUCUCACACCCGGCAGAAAGGGAAUUGAAUUAGGAACAAUGCCCAGUGCCAGAAAGGCUUUUUGAGUUUGAGUGAACACCCGGUUAAUAAAAUAGAUUGAGGGGCCAGCCAAGUCAGUAGACUGGACUUCUGCUCCUAUGUCGAUGUUUUCGGAGCAAGACCUUCGAGCCACCUUUCUUAUCUUAGGUCUUAGGUAGAACCUUCCCAUUAGAUAGCCAAGAAGAAGAAUAGCUUUUCUCUAUACUUUCAGCAACUAAACGAAAGGGUUUAUGCUUUGGCUGAACGCCUAUGCUAUGCCAGCUAUGGAAGAUGAAUGAUGACUUUAUCUUAAUGGAACUCCAACAAUCUAGUUUGAAGGCUGGUAUAACUUACAUAUACCAGACUACCGACAGAUCUGGGUGGGGCCCUUGGAGAAUAGAGCAGCAUUUGCUUUUAUUCCCCUUUAAAAAAGAAAGUUAAAUGGAGACAACAUUGAUCUCUAUAGACGGUUUUUCUUUCCAGGGCCCUGGUUUGGAUUCGCCUUCCCGGUCUUCCUUUUGAAUAAUGGGAGCAAGAUUGAAUUGAAUCUUUUCAAGAUUUUCCAUUAUAACAAAAGAAAGAAAAAGGGAGACCAAUCUAUGAUUUAUGAUUAGUUAAGCUGGAAGCGCUUGGAAUAGGAAGGCCUACCUAAAAUCUUGUUGUUUUGUUGUGGUAAGGUAAGAUAGGCCAUGAGCUGUAGGACUGCACUGAGAUGCCAGGAGAGAGAGUUAAAAACUAAGAACUUCUUGGGGUUAGCAUGAAAAGAGCCUUUGAGAAAGAGAAACUGGCCCCCCCUUACUCCAUAGGAGACUCGAAAACUAUCCUUGUGAAUUGAACUGGUAGAAUAACUGAGAAGGGUGCUUGCUAGGGGGAAAAAAAAAAAGAAAAAAGUGACUGUUCUGAUGUUAAGGAAUAAAUAUAAAUUCCUCUUAAGAGAGAGAGAUUAUGUACAAGAUUUUGACCGUCAAGUCAAAUCCUUAAGGAUAAGGAUAGGAAAAGUGGGACUUUCAAACUUUCUCACAAAGGAGGUUUGUGGAGCAGUUGCUUUAGUUGUUUGGCAUGAGCAAAGCUAACCCUUGCUUGGCUCUUUCCUCUUGAUGCGACGGUAACUCGAGAUAGAAUAUCUUAAUGGAAAAAAGCUCUUUUCCUACUUUAGGAUCGUACGGUAGAAAGCACUACUUCCGAUUUGAAUCAUCUCGUGUAAUCAAAUGAAAUUCUUUCUCUUUGCAUCUAGGAGUGGUUGGGAUUAACAGCCUUCGUACAUCAAAUUGUGUAUAUAAAGAUCUUUCUUUCUUCAUUCAAGUAAGAUAGUGGAUCAAUAAAACUCCGUCCAAAGGUCCUCAUAGAGGCGGUCACCGGUAGGCUAAGAUCCCUCUCUGAUAGAAGAAGAAAGCGCAAGACGAGAAUCUUCCAACAGUAAGGGAAGAAUAGUUUUUUAUAAUAAGUUCUAAAUUAAGGGAAGUUUAAGAGCAUCAAAUCCUUCUUUUUUAGAAGGAAGUAAGGCAUUGGAAUUAGGAAAUAGCAUUUAUCCCAAGAUAGCGGUAGCAAGUGUUCUGUGGAGGUUAGGAGUAGCAAUAGGAUACGGAUAAGGCACGCAAGUAACUUCUUCCACAUGGGAAAGGCGCUUUUAACAGCGUUUGCAUCUGAUCGUUCCUGGGAAGAGUCAUUCAUGCUCUCUAGCCAGGGUACGGAGCGUAGUAAUAGGAAGAAGUCAGUGCUGCUUUACUUUGGUGGUAUCAUAUUUCUAAAAGGAGUUGAUCCCGUCUCAAGGGCGUUAAGGCUUGUUGAUUGAACGAACCCGGCAAGGUCCUCCUUAUUAGCAUCCCAAGCUUAUGUUGAAUCGAUAUUUUAUUGGUCUUCUUUGACCCGAGGGGGGGGAUAAUCUCUUCUCUUAUCUGCUCUUCCCGCAGUUCUCUUUCUGCUGUUGUAGGCAGGGCUACUUUUUUUUUUUUUUUUUUUCGAGAACGGAAUCAUAGCAUAGUUUCGUAGCCAAGUUAAAGACGUGCCAACUUCGAUUACUCUUUAUUAAGCGCUGGUUCUGCUUUCACUAGAUUCUGUUCUUGUUCACGCAUCCGUUUCUAGUGGACGGAUUUCAAGGGCUAGAAAGGAAUAAGUCUUAGCCUUAGCGGAGUCACUUCCAGAUUCACUUCUUUUUUAGGGAAAGAAACCGGCGUUAAGCGCUUCUUGCUAACGUCCUUAAAAGGAGAGAAGGAACCUGAGGGUAUCAAUCAACAUAUAGAUAGAAAGGAUAGGGCAUAAGGAUGAGACUAGCUUGUAGUGUUCACGUGGUGAAGGUUGAACUUGGGCCUUGGCUUCGGUUCCAGAGAUGGGUUCUGUGGCGAACUCGAGUGGAAUAAGCUCUUCUUCCUAAAGUUUUUAGCUUGAAACAAGAAUGGAUAGAGUUGACUCAGCUGCGAUUGCUCUUGGUCAGUAUGAUUAGGAUUAAGAUUCUGCUUUCUGCUAUUUCAUGGAAUCUUAGAGAGACUGGAGUAGGUAAGAAGUGGUGGAGGAGUGAAAAGCCGAUGAAAUGGUUGAUGUUUUCGUGGUUAAAGAAUCUCUCUUAGCUAGGGCUAGGCCACCUGCCUGACUAUCUAUUGUCUCAGCAGGCCUUAACCCAGCAAAAGACGACAGAGGCAUAAAGGAAGAUUGAUGAAGAAUAAGCGAUGGUCUUGCUCUUCUUUCUCUUGGAAGAAGAAUGGCUGUUGUUGAAUCAGUUUCAAGUGGUGGGAUCAUAUAUUCAUAUAUAAUAGUGGAAUCCCGUCUCCUUAAAGAUCUCUCCCUCAAAGUAGAACGAGCAUAAUCGAAGACAGAUGGUAGCGUAUUCGAAGUAGUUGAUCUCACGUGCUAUCCGAAAGUCUUCUUAGUCUUCGUCUGCUCUCAAUGAGUCAAUGCCCGGACCAGGCUCUUAAUUAAAUAGAAAUCCCGUUAGUGAAGUCACCCUCGGAGUUGACAACGACUAAGCUUUUUUUCUUGACACUAGUCUUAGCCUUUCUAAGGACACCUUGCCUUCUUUCCUUGGCUUGGCGGGAAGGGCUACUCAGAGUGGUGCGUCUGGGGACUCCCCUUUCGAAAUGGGAAGAAUAGCGUAGUAAACAGUGACCCUCGGGGAUGAAAGCUGCUCUUGCUCUUUAGAAAAUGGUUUAUGUGAACAAGGAAGAAGGGCUACUUUACUCUAGAUCGAAUGCGACUGGAGAUUUUUCUUUCACAGCUCUAAAGGGAGGGAAGUCAACAGUCAAGAGAGGGUCUCAAUCAACAAGAAAGUCAUGAAAGAGAGAAGAUGGUGCUAUUCCCUUAGCUAGCUUUGACCAGGAAGAAUGAAUUUUCUCUAGAACCCUUGGUUGGGCUAGGAUCCCGAUAAAGGAGAAUGUUCAAAGCGAGACGUUUUUCGAUAAGAGAACAGGUUUUUUCGGAUAAGCUGUUGCCGCUCUUCUGUUAGAGCUCUUUAGUCCCAUCCCUACCAAAGAAAAGAAGAUCUCCCCGGAGCGAGUGACUCAAAGAAAGAAGGCCCAGCGCCCGCCCCCUUUGAGGUGGGUCUUCACUUAUCCGAUUUAGAGCGAAGAAAAGAACUUUAUAGGCGCUCGCUCGUUCCUUCGAUCGGUAAAAAGCUACCCGUCGAAUCAAUAGAUCGCAUGAUCAAUGCCCAACUCUUGAUAGAAAAGAGAGUGGAAGCCGCUUUAGUUGAGGAUGGCUUCUCCCCCCUAAACAUAAUUUCCAAACGAAAUGAAAUCCGAGGGAUUCUGUUUUAUCCUCAAAGGGAGACCCUUUCUCUACACACGUACCAGUACUACGUGACUAGUCUGGAAGAAACUGGUACGCGCUCGACUAUUCCUUAUAAGAGGAUAAUACGGGAAGUUACAAGGGCUAACCUCUUCCUAUAGGAGCUUCUUUCUGUUUUUUUCCGGUAUGCCGCUCCGCGAGCAAGGAGCGCCACGCACGAGCGGAGCGAAAACAAAGCAAGAGGAAUUCUUCGUUGGGGGAAAUCCUUUGAUUGCAUAUUGAAUAUAGAUCUAUGUCUUUCUUGUUCUACUAGCUAGGACGAAAUUCUCACAUGUCCCUUUCGUUAUUACAACCUUCUUUUUUGAUGUCAAAGACCAGAAGCUACGCGCAAAUUCUCAUUGGAUCUCGGUUGUUCUUAACAGCGAUGGCUAUUCAUUUAAGUCUUCGGGUAGCACCACUAGAUCUUCAACAAGGUGGAAAUUCUCGUAUUCCAUAUGUACAUGUUCCUGCGGCUCGGAUGAGUAUUCUUCUUUAUAUCGCUACGGCUAUAAACACUUUCUUGUUCCUAUUAACAAAACAUCCCCUUUUUCUUCGCUCUUCCGGAACCGGUAUAGAAAUGGGUGCUUUUUUUACGUUGUUUACCUUAGUUACUGGGGGGUUUCGGGGAAGACCUAUGUGGGGCACCUUUUGGGUGUGGGACGCUCGUUUAACCUCUGUAUUCAUCUCGUUCCUUAUUUACCUGGGUGCAUUGUGUUUUCAAAAGCUUCCUGUCGAACCGGCUUCUAUUUCAAUCCGUGCUGGACCGAUGGAUAUACCAAUAAUCAAGUCUUCAGUCAACUGGUGGAAUACAUCGCACCAACCUGCGAGCAUUAGCCGAUCUGGUACAUCCAUACAUGUUCCUAUGCCCAUUCCGAUCUUGUCUAACUUUGCUAACUCCCCCUUCUCAACCCCUAUCUUGUUCGUUCUGGAAACACGUCUUCCUAUUCUAUCUUUUCCCGAAUCUUCUUUGACGGAAGAAAUAGAAGCUAUAGAAGGAAUACCAAAACCUAGUUCACUCGCUGAUUCUUUUUGCAUCUAUGGCUGAAUGGUUAAAGCGCCCAACCUAUACCAACCUAAUAAA